AACACGCAAAAAGAGUUUCGAAAUAGAUCGAUAUAUUAUUUUUCUAUUUUAGCAAAAAAUCAUCGGCAGAUAAUAAUCUAUAUGGAGAGUAUAAAAGCCUACUUUCACGUAAGAGAAGAAACAUAUUUACAAUAUAAUUCAAAAAUACAUUUUUGUCUCUCGUAAUCAAGAUUUUCAAUAUUUUAGAUAUGAUCGUUGAAAUGAUACUCCUGGAAGAUGCGGAUUUAUACGCAGUUAUUUGCUAUUUAAAGAUAUCUGAAAACUGUCGAUAUUUAAGUAAAAUAUGGGUACCGCAAUCGAUAAGAAGCAAUUUUUUAUUCCUUAGAAAUAAAUAUUUCACGAGUCUCAGUAGUGCCAUUCGCAUAUUUAAAUCUAAGCAAGAGUUACUUACACCUCCUACAUUUUAUAAAGUAAACGUAACGUCCGUUUGGUCCGAAGAUAUGACGGCUGCGAGAAAUUUAGCAACAUCCUUAGAUAGAAAUAUUAUACUCAUCAAUACGUUGGAUUUCUACGAAAGCAUGACGACGAUGCCUCACGUAGAAAUAUUCAAAAUUUCGCUGCACAGACAUCUCGAGUUAGAUGAAAAUCAACAUAUAAUAAACACGAUAAAGCCUGUAUAUAAACCGGGCAAGGAAUACCCUGACGUACCUAAAAACCGUCACAGUCUUCUGUUUUACGACGGUACAUGGCAAACGCCUGUGGAAGGCAUGUAUUGGCCAAAUAAGGACGUACUCACGGCGAAAGCAACAAGCGACGACAUUGGCAGAUGCGUUGUAUCAGCUAGGAAAGGGUUCGAAACCUGGAGUAAGUGGUCCACUGAAGCCAGAAUGAAAGUGUUAUCCAAGUUCUCGUCCGCAUUGAAAUACAAUGGUAAAGUCGAAUUGUCAAAAAUAGUACACAAAUGGACAACGUUCCCACGUCUGUACAAGGAUUCAUUGAUCCCUCAAUAUCCGCCGCUGUGGGUGACGAUCAUAAGAAUCCGCAAGCCGAAGGGCGUUAUCACGCUCAUGGAGCAGAAUGAAACGGAUCUGUUUCGCAAAUUGGCGCAGAGCUUGAUCAUCGGCAAUUCCGUCAUCGUGAUAUGUAGCAAACAGUCGUGCGAUCUGGCGCCGUACUGCGACAUGUUUUCGACAUCCGGGAUACCUCCGGGCGUGAUAAAUCUGUUGUCGUUCGAAAACGUCAAGUCCCUGAGCGAGGGUUACAACGCGUCCGAGCCGAGUGAUGUAUAUCGCCAGUUUACCGUGAGCAAGCAAAUUGGAAUCGUCAUCUACUAGAAAUUUCAACGAUGACGUUCAAUGAUGAGGCUGCGAAAAAAACACUGACCAGACGCGCAAGGUGUAAAUGGAUUUUUAAAUUGCGAUUUUAUACGAAAAGACGAACUCUGUCGUUCACCAGUCGAUUUGCCAAAAUAAAGGUUUAUGAUUAAGUAAUCUUGUGGACAUUUCUGAUCAACUGUUGCGAAAGAAUUAAGAAAAUAUGCGUCAUUCGAUCAUUGGUUAGAGGCACGUCGUAAUUAUUAUAUACGUCAUUCACGCUCUAAUUUCACGUUUGAUAGCUCACGCGCGUUACGGAAAAAUGUUUCUCUUGCCCUCACACGGAUUUCCAAUCCUUCGCGACAUUCGGAAACACUUAAAAACAUCGAACCUGUCGAACUGUCAACCUCAGCUUGCAUGGAAGCGCCUUGAACCUAACCUAACUUAACUU